CGAGGCAGAAGUUUCGAUUCUUUUUUCUUUUCUCCGUUCUCUGCCGUUGUUUCCUGCUUUCCCGAUGUCGCUGCAAAUUUCACCAGCGUACGAAGUAAUCGUCGGCGACGCGAUUCGUAACGCGACGUUGUGAGCAACGUCUUCUGUCGGAAAUAGCAGUGACAGCUGGAGAGCAGCGAUCACGGGAUGAAAACACCUCGUGGGUGGUGGUGCUGAGAGAGGGUGCAGGUGGUGGAGUGGCGGACGAGUUUGUUCGCGAGCCGAGCGAACCAAAUUGACCUGCACUAGUGCGGUGUGAACUAGACGUGGAUUUGAUACCGGAUCGUCCGAUCAUGUUCCUUCGAUCCUUCAUCGCCCGCCAUGUGUGCCGCUUGCCAUUGUCCGAUAUAUCAGACUGGGCCAGUUCGUGGCAAGACGACUACCGUCGUGUUAUCGGAUUUGCAUUGCAGUUCGUUGACUGAACGAAGCUGACUCUCUCGUUGCAUUGACUGUAUACCGACGAGAGAUAUCCGUGGAACUUUGUACGAAAUUCGAAAACGAAAAUCACGGUUCAACCGUCUACGCGAAAAGAAGCCACCGAAGAAACUACCAGCGUACGAAUAAAAUCAAGGAAUUGAUUAAUAGAGUUACGAUAUACCGUAGUAAACAAGUCGAGACAAGUGUACAUACUCCGAGAACUGCCAAAUCGUCCCCGAUAUCCUGCUCCGUGUCGCCGUAAAGUCUUCGAAGCUUUUGCUCGUUGAAGCUGUACAAGGAACAGUCGGUAAUAGUCGACAGGGGUGGCCAUAGGUAUAGUCGUACCCCCUAGCCGCCGAUGCUUUCCUCAAAAUCGUUCAACGACGUCGACUCGAGCUCGUCGCUCAUUGCACGAACGACGACGACGAGCGUGACAGUACCGAGAACCGACGACUUCCGGGCAUCGCGGAAGUUCGUUGCCGGCCACGCACGUCCCCGAGGAUGGAAUUGAGAGCCUUGCAGCCGAUAAGCGCGCUAGCACCGAUCAUUUUCGAGUACACGACGAAUCGUUGGACAAUCGAGACGAAACAACAGAGGGUGAAUAGCGGGUUAUACUGGGAGUUGGGUGUGGAUAAAGAAGGUGGAAAGACCGAGAGCAGAUACAGCAGGGAGGAGAAAUCUUGGAGAUCGAAGGUAAAAGAAGACGGAAGCAGCAAGGAAGACUUUCUCUACGCGAAAGAAGAAGUCGCUAGAUCGGGAACAGUGAUAAACGAAAGUCCGAAGAAGCAAGAAAGUCGUAGAGAGGAUAGGGCGAUAGAAGACACAGAGGGGAGGAAAGAUACGAGAGAGGGAGAAGAGAAGAAGAAGGAAAAUAAAGAUAUAGAGCGAGAGGGAAGGGAAGAAGAAGAAGAAGAGGGACGUCCCCUGGCAGGAGGGCCCCACAGAUGCGGGGCCCGGAGGGGCCAGUCCGCGGCGGCGUGACGCGAUGCGGACGUCCUCCUCCUCGUCUCCGAGGAAGAGGAAGAGGAAAUACCUCUCGCCUCUCGAUCCUAUCGAAAAGCUGCCUCCCUUGGACAAUAGUUUCGGCCUGUCGUUUAUCUUCCACGAUGUUUACGACGAGCGUGUCGACACUGUCUUCCACUGUGCUCCGGUGUACCAGCGGUGCCUUUGGCCGGAAGCUGUUGCCGAGAAGCGUCGGCCGUCUACCGAGCUCGCAAUUCGUUCAUCGGUUGAUCAAAUUUUCGGCAACGAGCCGGGAUCGUGGCAUUUUUGCAACGACGAUGGCGACUCGAGGAAAAACGGUAUCGUCGGGAAAGGAGGGGAGUGGAGGGAAGGAUUUGUACAGACUCGUUGCGAGAAUAGAGCAGACAGAUCGAAAAAGUGUUUGGCAACGAUCGUCGUGUUCCUCGGACUGUUGUGCGGACAUUGGUGCUCCGGUGGAGCGGAGGCACUUGCUGGUAGCCAGAAAUACAGCACGAGAACGGUCAGGACCAGGUACGGCACGUUGCGCGGCGUCGAGGACAGAUCAUCCACGUCUGUCGAGACUUAUUACGGCGUGCCAUACGCCACGCCGCCAAUUGGAGCGUUGCGAUACAUGCCACCGGUUACGCCGACACCGUGGCGCGGCAUCAAGCUGGCGGAUACCAUGCCACCCGCGUGUCCUCAGAAGCCACCGGAACCGGACUCGAGUCUGCCGCGGUCCAAACGGGCUUACCUCGAGAGGCUAGCACCGUUGCUGGCCAACCAGAGCGAAGACUGCCUAUACUUAAACCUCUAUGUGCCCAAAUCUCCUCACGGUAGUACCCCAGACUUAUUACCAGCCCUUCUUCUAAUUCACGGUGAUUCCUAUUCAUGGGGCGCUGGAAAUUCCUUCGACGGCACUGCGUUGGCUGCUUAUGGUCGUCUUAUCGUCGUUUCUAUUAAUUUUCGUCUUGGUGUACUCGGCUUCCUUAAAACAGGUCCGAAAGGGAGCGCGCAAGGAAAUUACGGAUUGAUGGAUCUAGUGGCAGGCCUUCACUGGUUACACGAGAAUCUCGGCGCUUUUGGCGGCGACCCCGAUCGAUUGACGCUCUUUGGCCACGGUACAGGAGCCGCGCUCGCCAACUUUUUAGCCGUCUCACCCAUGGCAAGAGAGCUGGUCGAGAGAGUAGUUUUGCUCGGCGGUUCUGCCUUGUCACCCUGGGCUAUACAGCGUGAUCCGUUAACGGCGAAACGUCACGUCGCCAAUCAGACCGAAUGCUCUGGUGACGUGGAGGCUGACGAUAUCGCACCGUGCCUUCGUUUGCGGAGUUUGGAAGAGCUUCUGGCCGUGCAGUGGGAUACCCCGAGAUUCACUUCCGGAUUUGCUCCUUUCGUCGAUGGGGCGGUCAUGCCUCCACCGAUCAAUCAGAAUUUCCAACCGACUGCCUCCUCCUCGGGACUGAUGCCUCUGAUACCUGGACCAGGCACCGAGUUUGCUAAUUUCGGCGAUCGAGAUCUCCUGUUGGGAUUGACGUCCGAGGAAGCUUGGAUAAACCUCACCGACGACGAUCUACAGAACGGUUUGAACGAGACCAGGAGGGAUCGUAUUUUACGCACUUACGUGCGAAACACCUAUCGUUACCACCUUCACGAGAUCUACUCGACCCUCCGUAACGAGUACACGGACUGGGAGAGAGGCGAGCAGAGUCCGUCAGCGAUCUGCGAGGGCCUCCUGUCCCUGCUCGGCGACGGUCAGGUCGCUGCUCCUCUCCUAAGGCUCGCAUUGCUGCACUCGGCGUCCGGAGGACGUGGUUACUUUUUGCAUUUUCAGCUCGGCGAUCGACCAAGUCAGAGGGGCGAGGAGGUGCCCUAUCUUUUGGGGAUACCUCUUCUCCGCGGAGAGGUGGUGUCCGUUCUCUUCGCCCAAGCCAACUACACUUUGGCCGAUGAGAACCUGUCCAAACUGCUGGUCCACUACUUGGCCAACUUCGUAAGACGCGGGGACCCGAACGGCGUCAGCCCGUUGACAUCGGGAUCCGACGGGCUUCCGACCAGCCCGCCGUUUUGGGAUUCGUACGAUUCGAUAAAUCAGCUGUACCUUGAGGCCGGUCGUAGCACGGAAAUGCGGUCGCAUUACAGGGGCCACAAGAUGUCUCUGUGGUUGAAUCUGUUGCCGCAACUCCAUCGACCCGGAUACGAAAUCAGCAUGCGUCACCAUCAUCUGGUCGACAGCCCUAGCCUGUACGAAGGUGCGGUGCGCCAGCAGACCGAAGCGCUGCCGUUGCCAGCGCCUCCGCUCCCGGUACCGUCACCCACCGAGCCAUCCUCGAUCUCGAGCGCGAUAUCGACCACCGAGUGUACGCCGAACGCUACGGUCGCGACCACCGUGGCGACUACCUCGAGAACUUUGCAGCAUCCGAACCUGGGCCCAGCGCCUAACAAUCUUCUUAGAAAGCUGGCCUCCAGUCAUUAUCAAAGCUACACCACAGCCCUCACAGUCACCAUAGCCGUUGGCGUGUUUCUCUUGCUACUGAACAUUCUCAUUUUCGCCGGCAUCUACCAUCAGAGGGACAGGAACGCUUCGAACGCGGCCGGAGGUUUAUCUUCGGGCUUUGGAGAUAAGAAGAAGGAGGAGCUAUUGGAAGCAGGGUGUUCCGGUAUCGAGGUGUCCUCGGGAAAACAGAGGCUAUCUUCCUUGAAUCUGAUGGACUCGCCGUCUUCGAGUCCGCCACCGCAUAAAGCGAAACUGGCGCAGGAGUUGGAAUUACAGUUGCAGGAGUUCCAAUGUUCUCCGCCUCCAGGCGGAGGCAAGAGAGUGUUAGAACCACCGUUGUACAGUAGAAAUCCGUGCGUCCAGAGGACGCGCACUCCAUCGCCUUGCGUAGACGCGACCACUGCCAGGAUGGACGACGACGACGACGACGACGACGACGACGAUGACGACGACGACGACGGCGACGACGACGGGGAUAGCGGCAGCGACGAUAACGACGACGAGAAUCUUCCAGAACCUCCACCGCCUCCGAAAGCUCCAGCACCCAACGUCAGCCUGUCCUGUCCAGGAAUCCUCAGGCAACCUGGCACACCCGGUAGCGCCAAGAAACGCGUUCAGAUCCAAGAAAUUUCCGUAUGAGGAGAGUACCUUCUUGCAAUCUCCUUUUGCCGAAAACUCGUUCACCGGCCCAUUCCGACCAUUCGUAGUAAACCCGUCGAGCGAUCCUCGAUCGUCGCUACUGCUGGCGGUAGUCGACCAACAGCUUCGACCAAGAAGAAAUUCAGCGUUUCGAGCGUUCCAAGCCAAAGUCCGUUGUUGCAACGCGCCAUAACUUUCAGACGUUGGAUAUUCGGCUCUGUCGGGAGUUUCUUCGCGCUUAAAAAUUUGAGAUUCUGCAUAGGCCUACGACGUUCGAGAGACAUCGUGCGCGUACGAAGGAAACACAGGUUGCAAGAGGAUUGGCAGUUUCAAGCGCGUGGUUUCGAAAGAGAAAAGUCGGCGUUUACGGUUUUACGUCGCGCUCGAGAGAAUAUUCGUAGCCGAAGAUCGACGCCAGUUCCGCAUCUAUCUUCGAAGAAUCGAUAAACGGAUUAACGAAGACACGUAAGACAGCAAAUAAAAGCACAAAUCGAUGGCCUUAAAAGAAUUCGAUACUCGAAGCGAUAUAAUAGACGCGACGGGAAGCAACGUCAAAGUCGAAUCAGGCAACCCACGUUCCUACGAGAUUCGACGGGGAGAUAUUUUCCAAUAUUUCUCACAACUCGACGAAAAGCGGAGAAAAGGAGGAAGCAACGGAACGGACAAGCGAUAACGACGGAUAAACAACAACGGAGGACAACGCAGCGUCCGCCACUGGAGAGAAUUUUUGGCAACGAUUUUAUUGGUUGUUGAUCGCGUGAAUAUAUUUCGUACGUUCAAAUUUAUCAUAGAUCCAUCGAAUUUAAAUUUAAACGGUGCUCGAUUUGCUUGACCGAGUUUGUUCGAGCACGAGCGAUAUCGAGAAGUCGUCGAGUUUUACGAUAUCCUUCCUUCAGGCAGGAAAACAGAAGGAGAAAGGAGACGCAGGAUUUUUUUAAAGAUCUCGCACAAAAAGCAUCGACUCUUUGUCUUCCUCCUUCGAAAGCUAUACAAGGUGGACGGCGAAGAAUCAGAGAGAGAAGUUGGAUAGAGAAAAAACGAGGAACGACGGAUGGAUAUCGACAGAGUCGGCGUCGAGCAGAAGUUGAACCGUCGCCGAGAGUCGUCGCGACGCUCGACACUGUGAAACGAGGGGAUUGAUAUAAUCUCAGGAACCCAAAAGACAAGGCGCGCGCCGAGGGAGUCCAGCAGGAUACCUCGGACUUCCUUCAUCCGGAUUUGUCGGAGCACUAAGUGGAAUUAUUCGAGGAAUUGGAAGGUCUGACCUCGGCUUUCCGGAUCUCGUUUUCUUUUUCGGUCGAGAGCAGGAAGUCGUACGGGAGGAAAUGGACCUGAUCAAGCGAAACUCUGCAGGUUCGCCACGAAAGGAGCCUGCUAGCUAACGAAUUGAUGAAUCUGAAGUUCUCGUCAGUGUAAUCGCGAGUGUUCUUAGUUACAUACGUGUAAAAGGGAGCGAGAAAAGGAGAGAGAUAGACAGAUAGAUAGAUAGAUAGAUAGAUAGAGCGAGUGAGAGAGAGAGAGAGAGAGAGAGAGAGAGAGAGCGAGAGCGAGAAAGAGCGAGAGUGAGAGAGUGAGAGACAAGAGGAAAAAUCGUAGUGCGAGUGUCAGAGUGACAGAGGAUGAGAAUGAAACGAAUAACAGUUGGUGAAGUAGGAAAUAUAAAUUGUAUAUUAUAUUCGAUGCCAGGGAAUAUGAUUGGAACGUUGGAAGAAGAAAGUGGAUUCAUCCUGAGCGUAUGUUUUCGUUUCUCCUUGGAGCGUGCCGACAGGGACGGUUCCCGUCGAAUUUCGGAUUGUUUGGAUGAAAUUUUGCUUUCUGCCUCGUUCCAUAUUUAUUUUCUCAUCUCCUAGUAUGUACGUACAUGCGUUUCAAGUAUAUUCGUUUGUAACUUAAUUUCGAACGUACGAUCCAACUAUGCGUUUGAUGUAUUUUUCUUUAUAAGAAAAUUGCUGUUACAAAAUGAUUCUUACUACGUUCGAAGAUACGCGAAUAGUUGCCCUGUUUUCCGACAUCCGACUAUUUAUUUGAUAAGGAAACGUAUCUCGCGAUAAACUUGGCUGGUAUUAUCGAACGUUUAAUUUAUUCUGUAUAAACGGUAUGAAUAUUCUUCUCGAAAUAAAUUAUAUCGGUUGACGUUGAUAUAGACGCAAACCGUAAGGACUUUCAUCGUCGAUGAAGCUGCCGAUCGUUAAUUUCGAGAAUGUCGCGUUCUCUUUCAAGCGUUGACAAAUGCCGGUGUUUACGAGCGACGUUCCUCGCUGUUCCUCGUUCCCUCCGACAAAUUAGCCUUGAUUAAGUUUCGCCGAAUAGUGGAACGAGGUUAGCCGUUUGUCAAGUUGAUAACAAAAACGUUCAGCACCUGAUUUACGCGAAAUCUAUUCAUUUUAAAUUAAACGUUUCGUGUCAAAGUAUUUACAGCGUUUAAGAAUUGUAACGAUCGAGAGAUUAAAUGGUAAUGCACGAUAUGGCAUUUACCUCUUUGAGCGGAGAAAUGUGUAAGUUAAGAUACCCGACGCGAAAGUUUCUAUUCGAUAUCAAGUAGUAACAGACAACGAUAGUCAGACGCGAAAGUAGCCACACAAUGAGACUUUAACAUUACGAAAGGGAUGAAAUGCGUCUUUCCUAGAAUAUCUACAAUUACGUUUAACAAAUUUGAAUAUCCUACUUGUUAUAAGCAAAUUGUUUCGAUUACAGUUAAAGUUUAUGAUAUUAAAAAAUUUUCAGCUAAAAUUAGACUUUGAUCGUUUUCGCGAGGCGAAAUAGAAAUUAAAACAACCGAGGUUAGUUUUCCUUCCGUUACGAUAAGCAACUUUUUAAUUAUUUCGUUUCCUUCUUCACGGUUGUUUGAAAGUUAUUCUUACUUUUUAAAGCAUUUCCCGAGAAACGCAAACGGAAAAUUCAAAUCAAAGACCGCCACCUCUAACCAACUCAACCUAAACUCAAACCACCAGCUCCUUCCUCUCGAUUCGUCGUUCUAACAACGCACCUACCUCCGGCAAAUUUUCUAUUACACCUUUUUCCUAAUAUUCCUCUAAGAAACAUUUUUCAUUAUCCGUUUUACUUUUGUUUCUUUUUUUUUUCUUUUUACUUUUUUUUUUUUUGUAUCGGGGAUAGAGGCAACUGCGAUCGAGAAACGCGAAGCUAACGAUCGAUACCGGAAACAAGAGGCAGUCGGAUCGCGAUAACGAAGGAGAAACGAGUCGUUGCGAGCUUUCGUGCGAGUUUGGAACGUAACGAAAGAGCGAAAAAAGAAAAAAGAAAAA